GAAGACAUGCUCGUUUCCUGAGCGUCUGUUGGCGGGAAGCUGUAGCUCAACAGCUGCAGGCUCCGUGCGGUCACAGAUCAUGUCCCGCAUCCUGAACGGUAUCGUGGCAUUGUGUCCUGACCUGGGUAUUGGGAAAAAUGGAAACCUGCCCUGGCAUCCUGUUCGACUCAACAACGAAUUCGCGCAUUUUCGAAAGAUGACAGCGACUUCAUCUGUAAAAGGCAAGCAGAAUGUGGUGAUUAUGGGCAGGAAGACAUGGUUUUCCAUCCCAGAGAAGAACAGACCUUUGAACAACAGAAUCAACAUUGUUCUUAGCAGAAAGUGCAAAGCACCCCCUCCAGGAGCACACUACCUUGUGGCAGACUUCAGCUCAGCGCUCAGGCUAGUUGACAUCGAGCUGACUGAGCAGGUUGACCAGGUCUGGGUUAUAGGAGGCAGUUCUGUCUACAAGGAGUUGAUGGAGAGCCCGGGAACCAGGAGACUAUUUGUCACACGAAUCCUGAAGCAGUUUGAGUGUGACACAUUCUUCCCUGAAAUCAGUCCAGAAAAAUAUCGUCUAUUGCCAGAGUUUCCAGAAGUGCCACGGGAAGUGCAGGUGGAGAGUGAUAUCGAGUACAGAUUUGAAGUCUAUGAGAGCAUCUAAAUGAGGAGACAAAGAAGAAGAAAAAAAAUCUGUGACUUUUGUUAUUGGGCAAAGGCACAUGCCCUUGAACUUGUAAUUUUUCCAAAAAAUGUAUACAGUACAAUUGUAUUUUUUUCUUAGAGUCGAAAUAAAGACUGAUUUCUGCCCUUUCA